GCGUGUCUUCAGGCUCCGCGUGUAGUUACCAGAGAAACGCGGGAAAUUGGUUCCCGGUGCUGUGGCUACUGCUGCGGAGGUGGUUUUAUUUUUCUUCGGAAAGCCGAGCCCACCAGCGGACCUAGACGCUAAGGCCAACGCGGUCUGGCGCGGCGCCAUGGAGGUCGUGGAGGCCGCCGCCGUUCAACUGGAAACUCUGAAAUUCAAUGGCACGGGUUUUGAGGGUGGCGAAGAUCCAGCGGGGCCAUUUCCGGACUCUGCUCCUGAGCCAGGGCCGUUGCCGCCGCUGCAAUUGAGUGAGGCGUCCCCCGACCCUGGGCAGGCGGCGGAGGCCCACCCUGCCGCGGAGCCGCCGCCGCAGCCUGCCCUGAGCGCCACCGCCGGCGGCACCCCCGCGCCGCGGCAGCCCCAGACAGAACCGCCGCCCUGCGGGGACUGCGUCACCGGGCCGAGCGCCGCAGAGCCGGCGCUUAUCCCGGGCCCCGUGGAUACAUUAGACUCGGAUUCCGACUCAGACAGUGAAACAGAUUCAGAUAGCUCAAGCUCAUCCUCUUCCUCAUCCUCUUCCUCAUCCUCAUCUUCCUCUUCUUCCUCUUGUACUUCACUUCCUCCGGCGUUGUCAGAUGGAGAAGAUGAUUUGCAAUUUGAGAAGGAAAAUAAAAAUUUUCCACUUAAAACAAAAGAUGAAUUACUUCUUAAUGAACUCCCUUCUGUUGAAGAACUCACUAUUAUUCUGCCUGAAGAUAUUGAAUUAAAGCCUCUUGGGGUGGUUUCAAGCAUUAUUGAACAACUAGUAAUAAUUGAGUCUAUGACUAACCUACCUCCAGUUAAUGAAGAGACUGUAAUUUUUAAAAGUGAUCGGCAAGCAGCAGGAAAGAUAUUUGAGAUAUUUGGACCUGUGGCGCAUCCAUUUUAUGUGCUACGGUUUAAUUCUUCAGAUCAUAUUGAGAGUAAAGGUAUUAAAAUAAAGGAGACUAUGUAUUUUGCUCCAUCAAUGGAAGACUUCACCCAGUAUAUAUUCACAGAAAACCUUAAACAGGAUAGGGGAUCCGACGCUUCAUGGAAGAAUGAUCAGGAACCACCACCAGAUGCCUUAGAUUUUAGUGAUGAUGAAAAGGAAAAAGAAGCCAAACAGAAGAAAAAGUCUCAGACUCAAGGCCGGAAAAAACUCAAAUCUGAAUUGAAUGAGUCAAGUGAAGAUUUUGCUGAAGUACAUCAGAAUUGGAAUGCUCAUGGCUCUGCUUCAGAGCAUUACAAAGGCUAUCACAACAGAGAAUUCACACGAGGAUUUUCCAGGGGGAGAUACCCUCACCGUGGCAGGCCUCCAUCUCAGCAAUUUUAUAAUUUAGAACAUACAGUAUCUCAAUUUUACAAUUCAGAACGCAUGGUGUCUCAGGAGAUUUCAGGAUUUAAGCCUCAGAGACAAGAUAAUCCUAUUAUGCCACAGUACCCCUUUCCUCCUCCAAUGUUUGACAUGCAUAAUUUUUCACUACAUCACCCACCCCCACCGCCACGCCCAUCUGUAAACAUGAAUUGGGCUGCAGCAGCUAUGGCACCUCAUCCAUUACUCAACUUACAAUACUCUCUGCCUCCACCACCACCCCCUCCCCCACUGCCACCUCCACCUUCUUCUGGAGACAAUAAUUCUUCUCAUUUUGGACCUUACUAUUAGUUGUAUGUAUGCAUUUCCAGAAAAAAUGCAGACUUUUCGUAUUAUAUGCUAAGGAUUUUAUUUUAAAGAAAAUAAGGUGAUUGUGGAACUAGAUUUUUAAAAACUCUGUAAAGUACUAAAUGAUUUCUUCAGUUGUAGGUUGUAUUCAUAAGAAAAUUUCAGCUCAGAUUCUUGGAAGAAAAUCCAAUCAUGUAAUAUUUAAUUAAAAUUUUGGAUCCAUGCCUUCCCCCACCCCUAACCACUUAAUAUGUAUAUUAAUGUGCAUGGAGCCAGUUUGAUCAUGGAUUAAAAUAUAUUGGUUUUCUUGGUAUAGUCUGGAAAUAAGAUGUUGAAGUCCUAUAGAGAGUCUUUAAAAUAAAGUAUUUUUAUAAAUUUAUACUUUGGAAAUUGAUUUUGAUUAUAAAUGCAAUUACCAGUAAAACUUUAAUAACCCUGACUUUUUUUAAAUAGAGGAAGAAGUUUUUAUACCAUAGAACCCCCUGUAAGUUGACCACGCAAGGGACUGUAACAAAAUGGUCAACAUACAGAGGUGGUCACCAUAAGGAACUAGGCCUCCUGCACUGAUACAUACAUUCGUUGCACGUACAGUCUAUAAAAAUUGGGUCAACUUGAGAUGGUUGAUACAGGGAGGUGGUCAACUACUGAAGUUCUACUGAAUAUUGGUAGAAGCUCUGACUAUAAAGCAAAUGCUUAUUAUUAUGCAUGAGCAAAUCUCUAUUAUCUAUGCAGAUUUUCAUUAUUUGGGCACUAUUCAGAAGACUUUACUAUUUCAGCCAGAGAUGUGCAAUCUUUUGGAUUCUCUGGGCCACACUGGAAGAGUUGUCUAGGGCCACACAUUAAAUACAAAAACACUAACGAAAGCUGAUGAGCAAAAAAAAGUAGUCUGCCUAAUUUCUGUGAUACCUGACACUAAGAUAAGCAGAAAAGUCAUUCAAUAAUCCAAAUUACACAGCAGCCUGUUGAGAUGGUUUUUAAAAUCAUCAAGCAGGUCCCAAGAGUCUUUUUGAUAUUUUUUAUUGUAAUAGUCUAAAGAAAAGUGGGCAACAUGAAGCGAGUGAGAUAUUUGACAUGGUAUUUGAGAAACUAAUGUAUCACUAUCUGGUUGGAUGGAAGUAGUUGCAGUUCUCAGUUCUCAAGGUGCUCAUCAGAUAUUUUAGUUCUGAUUUUCUUAUGAAUAAUUGAUGUACUACACAGUGAUACUUCAUUCUUGAAAAUAGUUGCUCGCAGAUGUACCUGCUGCCAGAAAGUGAUGACAUGAAUAAGGUGUGAUUGUGAAGCCAGAGAUAUUUGUCUCUGGGAAGGUAAGACCAAUAAAAGUCUGGUAAAGAGACAUGAUCAAGUUUUCUUUAAGUUGAAUGCAAAUUGUAGCUGAAUACAUUCCCUUUCAAAAUGGGCAAGAAACAUAUUUGUUAAUUGAAAAUGGAGUUGGAAGUGCCCCAAAAUAUUACUUUCCCAGAAAUCUUGAAAUCUGUUUUCAAAUUCUUGUAUCAAAUUGAUAAGUAAGGCUGUGUACUUUUAACUGUUGACAGGACUGUGUUUAACAUGUUGAAAUUCAUAAAAUUGUUCACGUGGAUUGAGUUUGCUGUAAUUUCAGUUUCAUUUGGAACACGGGUUAAAGUUUGAAAUGUAUUGAUAAGUGGGAUUUUCACCUAAAAGACGCAUUUUUAACUCAUUUCAAUGAGUAGUUAAAUCCAUUAAAAAUGUUAAAUCUGUAAGCCAGUUUUCAUCAUCAAAUGCUGGCACAAAUUUUGUUUUUGAUACAGUACAAGUACAACUCAAUGACAUGUUGCAACUCAUAAAAUCUUUUCAGCAUUUGGCCUCUGUUUAGCCAUUUUACCUCCUAUGAUGUGGCUAUGGUCAGCAUCAGACUUUUUAAGAAUUCCUGGAAUUGGGGAUGAUUCAAUCUCUUGGUCCUUAAGAAAUUCACAGUCUUGAAGAUUUGCAUGACGUUACCCAUUUCUAAAGGGAAGGGUUUUUUUUGUUUUUGUUUUUUUUUUUUGGAGACAGCCUCAAGCUGUCGUCCCUGGAUAGAGUACUGUGGCAUCAUAGCUCACAGCAACCUCCAACUCCUGGGCGUAAGCAAUUCUCUUCCCUCAGCCUCCCAAGUAGCUGGGACUACAGGUGCCCACCACAACGUUCGGCUAUUUUUUUUGGUGGUAGUUGUCAUUGUUGUUUUAGCAGGCCCGGGCUGCAUUCAAACCCGCCAGCUCUAGUGUAUGUGGCUGGUACCUUAGCCGCUUGAGCUACAGGCGUUGAGCCCAUUUUUAAAGGUUUUAUACAUAAAGUUUCUUGAUGUCCUGUGAAAUGACUUCCAUCAAAUGUGAGUUUGAGGCAGCAGUUGCAUUGUCUUACAUUAAUUUUAUAUGUCCUUCUCUUUUACUUACAUUGCUGGUGUACUGUCAGUAAUAAACCAGAUAUGUUGACAGUGGAUAAAGAAAAUUGCUUUGACAUAUUUUGUACUGCUUGGUAUAAAUCUCUUGAUUUAGUUGUCUUUUAGUGGCCGUAGAGAAGCCAUUUCUUCAGUGACAUUGUAAUUGUCAUAAAUACCUCUAAUAAAAACUUCAAGUUGACCAUAUUUGUAGCAUCAGUACUGUCAUCUACUGUCAAAGCAUAAAAUUUAAGAUGAGCAGCUUUACUUUCCAAACUUUUUUUUUUUAAGAGACAGAGUUUCACUUUGUUGCCCUCGGUAGAGUGCCGUGGUGUCGCAGCUCACAGCUCUUGGGCUUAGGCGAUUCUCUUGCCUCAGCCUCCCAAGUAGCUGUGACUACAAGCACUCGCCACAACGCCCGGCUAUUUUUUGUUGUUGCAGUUUGGCGGGGGCUGGGUUUGAACCCGCUACCCUCCAUGUAUGGGGCCAGCGCCCUACUCACUGAGCCACAGGCACCGCCCUCCAAACUUAUUUUGAUACGUUUUUCAGUUUCUUCAAUUGGCUGGUGUAGUAGUCUGGUGAGACAAACUGAUUUUAGAAAUAUCCCCUCCUGUUAAAAUGUAUUUAUUUUUAUUUAUUUAUUUUUUUGAGAUAGAGCUUUACUAUGUCGCCCUUGGGAGAGUGCUGUGGCAUCACAGCUAAUAGCAACCUCAAACUCUUGGGCUUAAGUGAUUCUCUUGCCUCAGCCUCCCAAUUAGCUGGGACUACAGGCACCUGCCACAACACCCAGCUCUUUUUUGUUUUCAUUGUUUAGGAGGCCUGGGCCAGGUUUGAACCUGCCA